UAUGGGUCGUAGAAGAAAGAAACAAAAGACUACGGCUGAAUUUAAAAUAAUAAAGCAAAAAGCGAAAAUAAUAAGAAUUUUAAUGUAAUUGAUCAAAAAACGGUAGAUAUAUCAAUAAAUGAUAAUGAAAAUGGGAUGAUAACUACGUCAAAAAAUCGUGAAUUAUCAUCACGAGAAAGUUCCCCUGUUAGCGCAUUAUCUAUGCGUGGAAAAAUAGAUGUUGAGGUACUCUCAGAUUUUGAAAAUGACAGUGAAGAUAUCGGAAUGAUUACUGAUAAUGAAGAAAAGUAUGGAUCUUUAGGGGAUUUAAAUGAAAGGGUUUAUGAAUCUCAAACACUUAAAAAGAACGAAAAAAGUGAGAUCCUUGAUUCUUUCGUUGUUUCUCGUUUUAAUCCUUCAUCUUCGAACGUCGUUUGUUAUGAAGAAAAAGAUGAUAACUUUGAUUUAUGUUUGGUUGCUAUGAAACGUGGCGAGUCGAUAAGUUUUCGAGGGAAUGUUCUUGUUGCAUCUAUUUAUGGAGAAGCUGUUAUUAUGGGUUAUAGAUUAUGUGGCGUUUCAUCUGAGGAUGUGUCAGAAAGUUUACAAAUCGAUUUAAAUUCUAGCCUUAUAUUCCAUCCAGUAUUUUCUCCAAAAACGCAUUCACUAUUAGCAAUAGAAUCAGUGGAAAAACAAAAGAUGACACAUAAAAUUUCACAUCCCGGAAUAAUAGCUUGUUCAAAAACAAAAUCGAUAAUCAACAAGCUUUUAUCAAAUAUAGACUUGUCUAAAGGAGGAUAUGAUACAAUUCUUGCUUUACUAGAUAUUUCAUGGUGUGGUAUUCAAGACGUGGAAAACGUUGCAUCAUGUUACAAUAAUAUAUUUUCCAGUAACUUUGCGAAUAAUAAUGAAAAAAAAGAUAAUGAGAUCAAACAAUCGAAAGACGAUUUUUUUAAUAUCAAAGGAUUUUAUCCAAUUUUUGAAGUAGCUCCAGGAAUGACAGCAUUCAAAAUCCCCCAUUCCUGGGAGAAUUCAACAAAUCAGCUUGUAACUGAUAUUUUGGACUUCACUUUGCCGCCUAUUUCAAUAAUCAGUGGACAUAAAAAUGUGGGAAAAUCAACAUUUUCUAGAUAUUUGGUUAAUAGCAUGUUGAAUAUAUGCCCCAAGGUCGCUUAUAUUGAAAGCGAUGUUGGACAAUCCGAAUUCACUCCUUGUGGAUUAGUGUCACUUAAUAUAUUAGAUUCUCCUAUUUUUGGUCCUCCAUUUACGCAUAUACAACAACCUUAUAGAUCAUAUUUCAUUGGACAUAAUUCUCCACGUGAUGAUCCGGACUAUUAUUUGGAUUGUUUACGCGAAUUAAUUACAGUGUAUCGUCGUGACAUUGCUUGUGGACCAGAAUAUGGAAUGUAUGGAGACGAACAAAUACGCAUUCCUUUAAUUAUUAAUACCCAUGGAUGGAGCAAAGGCAUGGGUUAUGACUUAUAUCUUCAUAUUAUUAGUUCUGCUAAGCCAUCACAUAUUUUUCAGUUUUAUUCUGCAACAAUCACGAAUAAAAACCUUCCACCACUCCCUGAAUAUGUUGUAUCUCCUAAUGACCAAGAACCACCCAAAGUCUCUUUUGUUGAGAUGAUAGAUACCCCUGGACCUUCUAAGUAUUCAGCAUCUGAUCGUCGAGUAUUAUCAUUAUUUUCAUAUUUCUAUUCAACAAGUGCCAUGACAGUAAAACAAGAAAAUGUGAAAUGGUGGGCUUUUGAUCAACCAUUGGUUCGUCGGGUUCCAUGGUGUUUAGAUUGGAGGAAAGGAUUGACCAAGGGUAUUUUUAUGCUAACUGGAGAAGUGCCUUUAAGUCAACUCUUAUACGCGUUAAAUGGUUCAAUUGUUGGAUUAAUUGGCGAUAUUGAUAAUUCGUAUAAAAGUGAACAAGUUGACGUAGAAAUGAGUGAAUCAAAAGAACAGGAAUCACGUAUUAUUCCGAAUUAUUUCCCUUGUCCAGAUUUUUCACCACCUUCACCAACUGAAUAUACUUGUUUGGGAUUAGCCAUAAUAAGAUCCAUUGAUCCAACAUCUCAUACAUUUCAUAUCCUCACGCCAUUACCUUCAUCAGUUCUUUUUAAAACCAAUACUAUAGUCAAAGGAACAUUAGAACUUCCAGUAUGGCUUAUGUUAGACCAUACCAAAAAUAGCUCAUUAGGAGUACAUGGUGUUCAAUGGAAAAGAGCUCCUUACAUGAGUAUUGAAUCAGGAGGAGGAGUUGGAAAUGCGGCUCAAAAAAUAAGGAGAAAUAUUAAAAGACGUAGUCAAAAACCAAAUAUAUAAAAAAUUAUAUCAUAUGAUGUAAAAUAAUUUAUUUUAAAAUAAUAAAAUCACACAUCAUUUAAUAAAAAAUUC